ACGUACAAAGCGCUUACUCCGCGUUCCAAGCAAACGGAGCAGGAGAUCGUCCGGACAGUGAGCGAUGUAGUCUGAUUGUCCAGUUGAUUAUCAGCUCUUCUUUAAUUUAUAGAAAUAUUAAUAUGUGGGAAACCAUCAAAGGUUUCCUUCGACGGCACAAAAGGAAAUUUUUCAUCACUGGAGCGGUUGUGGGUGGAGUUUACAUGCUUAGUCGCUAUGCAAGAUGGCGUCUUGCAGAAUGGCAAAGACAACAAGAAAUGGAAUACGUCGAACAGGCAAGAAAGCAACACCAUUUUGAGAGUAAUCAGAGGACUUGUGCCAUUACGUUAUUCUCCUUAGUGCCGAAUUUACGUGAUGUAUUGAUGGAGAAGCUAAACUGCGAGAUAAUAACCGGAAACCUUCGUGAACGGCCCUCCAACAAGUUAGAACUUUGGGAACAACUGAAAGUUAUGAGUUUUACUCGUACGAUAGCUUCCGUGUACUCAUCAUGCAUGUUGUUUGUGUUCCUAAGAGUGCAGCUGAACAUUGUUGGGGGGUACUUGUAUUUAGAUAGCUUGAUGAUGACAGGGGAAGCCUCAAAUGGAAAAAAUGAAAAGAAAGUACACAUUGCUGAAGAACUGCAGAAGAGAUACCUUGCUGUGGUCAGAUACCUGAUGGCUGAUGGACUGGAUUUCUUGAUUGAAAAAAUCAGGAGAACUGUAGAAGAUAUUUUAGGUGAGAUAUCAUUGAAAGAAAAGUUCAGCCUUGUCGAACUUACACGACUCAUCAACCACAUACGACAGUCAAUGGAGUUUCCAAAGCACAGUUUACCCAUUAAUAGCAAGUUACACGAUGCCCCAAACCAGCCAGCUAAAAAUGGUUGUCACAUGAGACCACUCACAAAAUUCAUGCUGCCCACAGAUGUUGAGAGUUUGUGUGAUACAGUUGGUAAGGAAGGAGAUGACAAUUUCAAGGAUUUAAUAGGAGAAACUCUCGAUAUUUUGGAAAGUGAGGAUUGUCUGUAUGUGUUAAAGACGUGUCUAGAUGCUGGCUUUGCUCAUGUUUUGCACAGUAUGAUUCCCUUCUUUCAAGCUGAGGAGUUAGAACUUGGUGCUGUUGGAGGUGUUGAACUUGAACCAACCCUUGAUCUCCCACUGGCCAAAAUCAUUCCUAUUAUCAAUGGACAGAUUAACCACAUCUUGUGUGACUCAGAUAACAACUACUUCCAAGACUUGUUCAAGGUUGGAUCUGCAAGAGACUUUGCAGCAAAUGUUUAUGAAGCAUUCAGCUUUGAAGUGGAUUAGAUGUUUACAAAACAUCACAGCUGGCCAUACGGACUUAGGACAGGCCUCCAGACCUCAGACUGUAGAUUUCUUCAUGUGUGACAGGGUUUGAUAUAAGCAGCAAAGGAUCGAUCACGUGAGGAUAUAGUUACAACACUUUUUUAACCUUUCUUUUCCCUAAAGAGAACUCAGUCUUCUGAAGGUACUGCUGUAAAUGCAUUAACAAGGAAUAGAAGUCUCUGCACACUGUGUUUUAUUUCUAAUUUUAACCCAUGGUUUUGUAAUUGUUCAAUUUGCAAAAUCAACCAAAAGUUUUGUUAAAUGUAUUUGGUUCUCAGAUCCAUUUGGUUCAAGAGUGGAAAACUUCAUACUUCUUCUUACUUUAGAUACAGUCAAACUUUUAUUGGCCAGUCAUCCUCAGGGAAUGGUGGGGUGUCUACUCCACACACUCAGGUUCAACAGAAUAAGGGUAAUAUAAAAAAUGAUAAAAAUGCAAUUUAUCCCACAAUUGACCACCAGAAGCACUUACUCAAAAAUACUACUCUUAUUUUAGUUGAAAGAUUAUUCUUAGUUUUAUUUGAGUGGUUCCACCUUUAAAAGUGAACGUUCAAUACAUGUGGAUGACAAAACAAACAGGCAGAGUUGGGACUCACUCAGAGGUGACCAUGACUGCUUAAUAGAGAUGAAAAUUACAGUGAUUAAGGGAAAACAAAUUUAGGACUUUUACAAUCAAUCACUUAACAGAGGGUGACUGCUUAAUACAGUGCACCUUAAUACAGGUGUUCAACUGUGAUUCAUACAUGCCUCCGUGUACACACAGGCAUCCCAAAAAUAAUGUAACAUGGGUUAUAAGCAAUGGGAAUCAAUUCAUACAACCAAAAUUGUUCUAACUCAGUCAUAAACCAAUUGCUUACACUUGGAUAUACCUCAGAGGCUUCCAUAAGAGCAAAGCUUCCCUGCAAAUUUCUGUCAGUAUUGUGCAAUGACUGUUUUAAGUUUACUGUGAUAGAUGAUUGACAGAAGGAUUAAGGAUCAUUUUAAUUGAAUUAUGAAAGGUGACUUAUGCUAUAAUUUACUUGGACUUUAAAUAUGACGGUGCGUCUUAUGUUGGUGAACAUAAAUAUUAUGCGAAGGUGUAGUCUGAUCGUCUGGGUGAGUGUAGUCCUGAGAAGGACUGUUGUCGGUGGUAGUGACUGACGU